AUUUUGAGCUGUUUUUAGCAGCAUGGCUAGGUUGGCUCAGAUUAAAAACUAAUGCUGUAAAUCAUCUCCAGACUUGUGCAUGACUAUAAACUUGGUUGUCUAACGUUAUGUUAUGGCGAGAUGACGUCAGCUAUCCUCUCAGCGAUAAAUAUUCUUACAAAACCUCUUGGCGAGGCGACUGUACACAAUGCUCAGUCCUCACACCAGGAGGCUCUCCUGGCAGUGCUGCAGGCCAACAGAGCCCUUCUCCUGGAGCAGCUUCAGAGCGAAAGCAGCUAUGAGGAGGUGAGGAGGCUUAGGGAGGAGGUGAUGGCGGCGGCAGACUGGUUCUCCAGCAACACAGAAGACGUCACAUGGGCCUUUGUACAGGAGUGUCUCCUACUGCUCCUCACCUUAGCACAACACCUGUCUGCUGAACUCGAACUUUUCAAGCAGACCCCUGCUCCAUCUGCAGCUAAACAAUGCACCCCUGAAAUGGCUCCACCUUUACCUCCUGAUGUCCUCAGCGUCACCCAGCAGAAGACGGUUGGAGCAGCUCUUCAGUUCGUUGUUUCUCUAGGGCUCUGCCCGUAUUUGGCCCCUGGAGUGGGUGUGCCGCUGGGUCGCAGGUCAGCGUUUGGAGCCAUGGUGGAAAAACUUGUCCACGGUGGGGCUGUGCCAGCAGGGGGGCACCGCCUUCUUACAACCACGAAUGUCCUUUUGAAGUUUGCAGAGCUGUCAUCUCUUGCCACAAUUGUGUUCAUACGGCACCUGGGGGAUGUAAUGGCAGCGCUGUGCCAGCUUGGCUACCAGCCACGCCGGGCAGAGAGACGUGGCACAGAGGUUGAGAAGGAGCUCAGUGGGGAGGAAUGUCGAACUUGCAAGGAGGCCCUCAAAAGCCUUCUAGGAAAAGUCUACCAGCCGAUUAUCAUCAAGGAGCUGUUGAUCCUCCAAGGUGGACCCAAACAGUCUGGCGCAGGAGGAAGCUCCAACAGCAGGGCAGCUCUGGGAUCAGCUCCCGCCUGGCUGAGGCGUCUGUGUGGUCAGCUGCUGUCCGAGCGCCUGAUGCAGCCUAACGGUGUCCAGGCUGUAGUCAGAGCCAUCUUGGAAGGAGGAACAGGGGGCGAGUCAGACUGGAGGAAAUGUGACGGUGUGGCCAAGAUUCUGGUGACCUGCCCUCAACAGUCUGCAUCAGCAGACACCUACUACGGACAAGUCUGUCAUCAGAUGCUUGACCUCCUGCACUUCAAGGACAAGCUGACAGCCCAACAGUUUCAGCGUGUGGCCACCAGGUCGCUGCUCCUCAUGGUGCAGGAGAAGCCCAGUGUGGCCCAGCAGUACUUGCUGACUCCUCUGCUCGCACCUCUCCACCGCUGCACCACCGCUUCCAAUGAAGGUCAUUCCCAAGUUGCUGUGGAGGAGUGGGAGCUCACACGUUGUAUUACGGAUGUGUACAAGAUCUGGGUGGUUGGAAACAGUCCGUCAGCUUCUCUCCUCAAAGCACUAGAAGACGUUCUUCCUGUUAUCUUCACGCUCUUCUGUUUCACCAAGCAAAACGUGUCCCACCUACGCGCCCCCUGUCAGGAGAUUUUGCUGUGGUACCUGAGCCACACUGAGCCAUUUGCAGCCCUGUCAACACUGAAGCAGCUCUCAGGUCUGCAGGGACAGAGGAGUGAGUUAGCAGCAGACUUCCACUUCGCCCCGGGGAGUGAUGGAGGGGUCAGACUCAGCUCCAAAGAGAACUGCAGUGAUGAGGACGAUGCUCUGUAUGAGAAGCUGUCAGGGGAGCAGUGGAGGCUGGAGUGUCUGAUGCAGCUGCUGGCUGAACUCAAAGACUCUGAUCUGCCUGGAGACUUCUUCCUGGACCUGCUGCAGGAGCUGGCCAGCUGGGCAGCUGAAGAAGCAGAUGACGAAAAGAAAGCUGAGCAGGAGUUGGACAUGUCGGCCAUGACUCUCCUGGAGGUGGAGCAGCAGUUGUUGGAUCCAGCUGCGAAGAGAGGCCAGAGACUAGCUCUGCUUCAGGUGUUGGCUGUGAUGGUUGAGUCUCUGCAGCAUACUGUACUGCUGAGAAAAACCUCACAGGUGGUGGACUUCAUGGUGUCCCUGCUUCAGAGGGCUUGUGUGGGUCUGGAUCAGGCCACUGGUCCAAAUCUUGAGAACCCAGUAGAGAGCCAGACACUGAGCAUGGGGAUGGGCCUAGUGGCCACUCUGCUGUCUGGACCUCAGCUUAGUGCAGAAGACUACUGCUCUAUGUCGAGACUGCUCCCACCACUGCAGACGGUGUCUCAGAAGCACCCUGAGGUAGUCAUCCAGGAGCUGGCAUCCAACCUCAGAGCUGUCAUUGCCACUCACGGUGCCUACCAACCUGAAAACAUCCCCACUGCUGCUCAGCUCUCCAGAGACCCUGAAACAACAGCUAAGAACAACAGUGUGCCUUUUAGGAAAAAGAUAAAGAUGCAAACUGAAGGCAACAACUCUCAGACCAGUCCUCAUUCACCUCCCCGGGACAGUAACUCACCCAGCAACACCCACGUCAGACAGCCAGCGUCCUCUGGAGGGUCGACAGCAGGAAGAAGUCAAGAAGGUGGAGGCAGGAUUUCUGGCACCAGUAAGCUUUUACCUCCUACCAAGCCUUUUUCUGACUUGCUGCUGGAGGCGUGUGACCCGGACGUGCCAACCAGAGCGGUCGCCCUAAGGGUCCUGACCCAGAUGAUGCAGAAGAGAGACCCACAGGCUGUCCAGGCCCAGGAGAAAGUCCUCAUGCUCUUCUUAGAAAACCUGGAGCAUGAAGACUCAUUCGUCUACCUGUCAGCCAUUCAAGGUUUGGCUGCAAUGGCUGAUUCAUACCCAGAGAGGAUUCUCGAAAGGCUCCUAAAAGACUUCCAGCACGGUCCAUCCCAUCCUACAUCCAACAAGGAACACUCCCUGGAAACCCGCCUCAAAGUGGGAGAAGUCCUGAUGAGGGCGAGCAGGGCAAUGGGUGAACUGGCACCCCACCUUGGCCGUCCUCUGGUCAACGUCUUCCUGCAAGGAACCAGGGACCCAGACCAAAGCGUCCGGGCCAGCAGUCUGUCCAACCUGGGGGAGCUCUGUCAGAGACUGGACUAUGCCCUUGGAGUGUUGGCUCAAGAGCUCAGCUCCUGUCUGACUGCUCUGAUAAAGACAGAGAAGGAGGCAGAGGUGAGGAGAGCUGCUGUCCAUGUUAUCACCCUGCUGCUCCGAGGCCUCAGCGACAAAACCACCCAGGUUCUCAGUGAUGUAUUGUUGGACUUGUACCGAGCUCUAAAGUGGGUGGUUCGCUCAGACCCGGAUGACAUUGCGGUGCUCCAUGCCCAGCUGGCUCUGGAGGAGCUUGAUGAUGUAAUGAAGAGGUUCAUCUUCCCUGAGCAGAAGCUGGAGAAGAAGAUUGUUGUCCUGCCAUAGAGCUCAAUUUUUAUUUCUGUGGGGUCCUCAUAACCUCUUCAUAGUUUGGACUUUAUUUUUAUAUGCUGUGUUUAUAGGCAGCACUAGUUCUGACUCCAUGUGAUGUGGAUUUUAUGGUAGAGCUACACUCUGAAACAGCAGCAAUUAAAUCCUGCAUGCAUGCCAAGACUUUAAAGGGUAACUUUGGUAUUUUUCAACCUGGACCCUAAUUUCACAUGAAUCUAUGUCUAAGUAACUAAUGGGGACAACAUUUUUUGACACUGGUCCAGUUUUAGUGAGGACGCUGCAGACGGUAGCCGCAAAGCAGGCUGCAAUGUGUUUAUGCAAUGUGUUUAUUUAAAUGUAGUCUGGUGGGUUUGGCAAUUGCAAUUUGGGGCUGUGCCUGGUUAAACAAAGAGAUUCAUACUCUUUAACAAAAAGGUCUUGCUCUAUAGAGAUCCUUUCCAUAAGUCUUCAGAUGCUUAGAAUAACAAUCUGAGCCUGUCAGUGGCAAAAACAAGCACUUUCAGUAGACGCGCAAAUGCCCCAAGUGGUUGAAAUGCAGCCAGUAUCGUGGCUGCCGGCUGCAGCAGUCUCACUCAGUACUGGACUAAUUUCAAAAAACUGUUGUUCCCAUCAGUCACUUCAACACAAAAAAGUGGGAAAAUAGGGUCCGGGUUGAAAAACACCUUACCCUUUAAAAAGAUGUUACCCUUUAAAAUAAGGUACAGUGACGCUAGAGCAUCGUGAUCCAUUGUGUCACCAACAGUCCACUUCCAAAAUAAAGUUUUAAAAACA